AUGUGCGAAGUGAUGUUGGUAAAGGGUGGCCCCAGCCUCUUCAGCGGUUCCGUCCGACCUGCUGCAGUGUCUGCGGCUGCGCUGUCGGCGGUUCUCCUCUCGGGGAGGGUGGCACGGGUGGCGCGAGUGGCGCGGCGUCCACGGGGGUUGAAGGCGCAGGCGGCUGCCGCCUCACUGAUUCUGGAUGAUGGCUGGGAUGACGAGCCAGAGGCCAAUGAACAGGUGCCUUUGAGCAAAAGGGCCCCGUUGCUGAUUGAUGGCCGCAUCAUCAUCCCGCCCAAGAGCUUUCGGGUCACCAGUCCGGCCACUGGGAGCUUGGUCGGUGUGGCGCCAGAUGCCUCAGCUGACAUGAUUGAGGCAGCGGUGACCGCAGCCCACCGAGCAGCGCCUGGCUGGGCCCAGCUGCGGCACACGGAGCGAGCCAGCGUGCUCAUGUCCUGCGCGGACACUCUGCGAUCCAACUUAGAAGCUUUGGCCACGCUGCAGACCAAUGAGAGUGGGCGCCCCAUCUCGGAGACCCGCAUCGAGGUCAUGGUGGCUGCGGCGACAUUCGAGAAUGCUGCCAGAUUCCUUGACAUCAAUCAGGAGAAAGUCAUCUCUGAGGACGAAGAGAAGAAGGUGGUCGUCCGGCGGACGCCUUUGGGUGUUGUGGCAGUCAUUGCGCCCUGGAAUGCACCCAUUGUUUUGGGUUGGAAGCCAACUGCCACCGCGCUGGCCUGCGGCAACGCAGUGGUGCUGAAGCCGGCGCCCCAGACACCCUUGACCACCUUGCGCAUUGGCGAGCUGCUGCGGCCCAUCCUCCCACGAGGUGUUUUGAACGUCGUGGUGGGCUCCGAUGCGGUGUCAUUGAGGCCGGGUGAGAUCCUCACGAAUCACGACUUGGUGCGGAAAGUGGUUUUUACUGGCUCCACGGCCAUUGGAAGUAAGGUGAUGGAAGCUUGUGCGAACAACUUCAAGCGUGUCCUCCUGGAAUUGGGAGGCAACGACCCGGCGAUUGUACGAGAGGACGCUGACAUUGAAAAAACGGCCGAAGGCCUCUUCAAGGGAGCGUUCUUCAACAAUGGACAAACUUGCUGCGCUGCCAAGCGUAUCUACGUCCAGGAAAAGAUCUACGACGCAUUUGUGGAGGCCUUCUGCAAACGUGCGCGGAUGGCAGUCCUGGGGAAUGGCCUCUCAGCCACUACGGAGUUGGGGCCUUUGGCGAGUGCAGUGCAGCUGAAACAUGUGACUGAGUUGGUUGAGGAUGCUCGCCGCAAGGGUGGCCGCGUUCUGUGUGGUGGGGGUGCUACAGCAGGGCCUCCAGGAGAUGUGAGCUCCAACACGGGACUCUUCUACCUCCCCACCAUCGUCGUGGACGUCGCGGAGGGCACCCGGAUCGUUGACGAGGAACAGUUUGGGCCUGUAGUGCCUGUGAUGCCCUACAAGGACGACGAGGAGGCGAUCCUUCGGGCAAACAGCACGAAGUACGGCCUGGGCGCCUCCAUUUGGAGCGAAAACUUGGAGAAGGCCAAUGAGAUUGCCAAUCGGUUGAAGGCGGGCACCGUUUGGGUGAACAAGCACUGCGAGUUCAUCCGCAACGCACCCUUCGGCGGCAUCGACUCCUCGGGCAUCGGACGCGCCGGAGACCUGGGCGAUCAGGACCUGAGCCAGUACACGGAGAUCCGGACCUUGUGCUUGGCGAAAGUCCCGCCCAAAUUGCCUCCAGCCAUUGCUAGCCUCAAGAGGUGUCCAGAAGUGCAUCUGGAAGAACGUGCAAGGUCCAUGUUGCAGCGGCUCUUCCGGCGGAUCCGACCUACAGAGUGGCACCAACUUGAACAGGGUGCUGAGGAGGCUAUGCGGGUCUUUCCCUUCCAGCCGUUGGAGCUGCGGAGUGCUUUGGAGAGUCUGAAGGAUCCCAGCGGGCCGCCAGCUGUGAUUUUGCGUGGUCUUCCGCUGGAAAGCCUAUCCUCACAAGAUCGCAUCGAGUCCGAGGCAGCGGAGCAGGGAAGCGAAGCAGAGAAGUCGCUCAAGAAACUGAUUCUUCAGGAACUCUCCGAGUUGGCCGAAAAUUUCGACGCCAGUAAUCAGCGCGCGAAAGCUCUGGCACAAGCGGAGAUGGUGAACAUCGCCAAGGUGUGGCGUGCUCAGCGUGCCGUGGAUGACUGCAGAGGCAUGAAGGAGGUGGCCAAUGCUCGGUUGGAGCUUUGGCGGGAUGCGCUGGAAACCGCUGUGGCCAAGCGGAAGGAUGCGACACACCGCGAUGAGGUGCAAAACUCUUCGCGAGCGGAGGAAGCGGCAAGGGUCCAAUUGGCAGAGCUCCAGGCUGCUGCGCAGGAGGCGCAGCAACUAGCGGUGGAAUGUCGGAAGAAGGAGAAGGAGGCCUUCUUGGCCUCUUUCGAGUGCGACAGCUUCUUGGCGGCCGCUGAGACUGCCAUCGAAGAAGCGCAGCAGGACCUCGUCUCCAAGCGUGAGGCAGACUUGCAGGCGGUUCAAGAGGCUUUGCAGAAGGCCACAGAGCGGCUGCAGGAGUUGCAGAGCCGCAAAGACGAGAAGACGCAGGAUUUCAUGCCCAUGGUACACGACCAUCACUUCCCCCGCGGCGCUGGUGGACAGCAGUUCCGCGCCCUCUUGGGAUUCAACGAGCCAGACAUCCAUCACCAGGCGGCGAUGAGCCCUUGGCACGCGGCAGCCAUUUGGCCGGAGGUGGAGCGUGUGGCGCGGAACUACGGUGUGCAGACCUUGGUCAGCCAUUUGGCCGAAGAGGACGAAAGGUUCUUGAAGGCUUGCAAGGAUUGCCGCAUCGAUGCGGUGGCCAUCCACAGCUAUUGGCGAACUUUUCAGACCUUUGCCAUGGAGGCAGAGCAGAUCGAACGCACCACGAAUCAGGAGCUCUUGAACUCAGAGGAGCAGAGUGGCAGAGCGGGAGCCGCGGCCAUCGCAGCGGCCAGAGCCUUGCUGGAAAUUGUGCCCUUCAAGGAUCCCAGCCUCACGGUGCCCAAGCACACCGAGGCGCCCGACAUCUAUAGCGCCACUCGGACCGGACUUGAUCGUGCACUCGAAAAGGUCUGGCGCAAGAGAAUGCAACGCUUCAACGCUUUGGAGUUGGCCGUGGCCUUGGCACGCGUGAACUUUGGGCGUGAUGCCUACAAUGGCCACCGAACCGAUGAGUCGCGACAACGUGAGAUGGCCGAGGCGGCCCCAAAGAAGGAGAUAGGGACAACGCUUUGCACGGAGCUUCACGAGGAGCAACGGCCCUCUUCGCCUGACGUAGAAGAGGCGCCUGAGGCCAAGGGCUCGGAGGCGAAACCAAAGAAGAAUGACUCUGACUUCAAAGUCCCCACUGUGGCGUUGAAAAAUUCGGUGCCCAGUCCCAUGGGGACCAUCGACCACGAUCAGCACAUGCGGGUGCGGCGGUAUGGCGAGGUGAUUUUGGACCUCCGGGACAUGCCACGCUUCGAGGCCGAAGGGCAAGAGGAGGCCGUGAAUGCCUUCAAGCGUUCCUUGGAGCGCUGGAAGGAGGACUUCAACCUCCGGAGUGGUGACAUGAUCGUGAUCAACAACAAGCGUGCGGCUCAUCGUUGGCUGCAGCAUGCCAAAGUGCGCGUAGCCCAUGGCAGCCGAGGAACCACCUAUGGAGAAGUCGGCAAAAAGCAUGUCAAUCAGAUUUUUGUGCCAAGCUUGACACAGCCAGGUGUUUCACCUGAGCACAAUUUUCAGGCUUUGGAGCCAGAUGGGAAGGGCGACUGGGGGGAUGCCCGGGAUGCCUCCGGCCGGCGCUGGCGCAAGGUGGUUGAUGUCAGGUCUUGCCCCAUCGCCACAGAGGCUCGGACUGGUGAGCUCCUGCCGGUUAUGAAGAAGUACAUGGCAAAGCAACUCGGCAUAUUUAUUCCUGCGGGGCCUGUGAUCGACAGCAAAGGGUUGGCGGUGCAGACGGGCAGUGGGGCACCACGAGAGCGACCCAAGAAGACUUACGAAGAGGUGCAUGGCAAGAUGCCUGGUGGUCCAGUCAUCGACGAAGAGGGCUUGGCUGUGCAAUCGACCGGAGAGCCUUUGAUCCGAGCGACGUCCAGUAAACGGAUCGCGCUGUCGAAGUUCAACAUUUUGGGCUUCAGACGGCAUCAGGCGCUCAACGCCGCCUUGCCUGCUGAACGAGCCAAGGUUUCGAUAUGUGAUGCCCUUUACAUGCCCAGUAUCUCGGGCGUUCCUUAUUGA